CCCGUCCUGUCCAAGAUGGCGUCCUCCAUAAUGGCGGGGGAGCGGCUGGUGCGGGCGGCGGCCUCCGCCAGCGGGGAGCUCGGGCGGCUUCCCCGCGAGCUGCGUGCGGAGCUGGAGGCCGCUCUGGGGGCCCAGGCCGCCGGGCGCGGCCCCCUCGUCCCCUUCAGCCUGCUCCGGAAGCUGCAGGGCGCCCUGCGCCGCGCAGGUUCUUCUGUGUAUCUCCAUGAGCUACUGGAAGGCAGCGAGAUUUAUCUCCCUGAAGUGGAGAAACCUCCAAGGAACCCUGAGCUGGUGGCCCGUCUGGAGAAGAUAAAGGCUAAGCUAGCCAAUGAGGAAUACAAGCGGAUAACAAGAAACAUCAACUGCCAGGAACUGAACCGGUACGGGACUCUGGCUGACUUGGGAAAGCAAGUUAGGUCCAUGAAAGCCGUGGUCAUCACCAUAUUCAACUUCAUUGUCACAGUGGUGGCUGCAUUUGCCUGCACAUACCUGGGCAGCCAGUACAUCUUCACAGAAAUGGCAGCGCGUGUGCUGUCGGCUGUGAUCGUGGCCUCAGUGGUGGGCUUGGCUGAACUGUACGUGAUGGUGCGGACCAUGGAAGGGGAGCUCGGAGGAUUGUAGUCAGGCGGCUUUCACUUAGACUGUGAUCCUUAUGCUGGAGGUCGUUUCCUCCCCUGUGGGUUAUUAAUUUGUUCACAGGUACGUUUGGCUUUGGUCCAUUGGGUCGCUGUGCCUACUGCAGUUUCCUCACACCAUGUCCCUUAUUCCUGCCACGUUUGAAAUGAAUCACCAGAUGCACUGAAUGGGGGCCUUGUGGCAUGGAACAGAAGGGUCAGCAGCAGCGGGAGGUUUCAAAUCCACGAUUGCCACAGGGAGGAGUGGGAGGCUUAUAGCUGCCUCAUCUUCUAGCGCUGAAGUUGCUGUCCCUUGUUCAAAAUAAAUGGGUUCUGUGUGCAUUAGAA